GGACGACGCGUGUCGAAUGUGAUUGGUGGAGGCGGAGCGGGGGUCGCGGAUGAGAGAGAGAGGGCGCACCCACACGGAGCGGGCUGGCGUUUUUAAAAACACGAAAUUAAAUAAAAAGGAUAGCGGAACAGGUCCCACCUUGCCAGGGUGUUGAGGAAGAUGUCAGCCGUGGGCGAGGCCUCGUGGCACAGCCUGACCACGGGGCAGAAGGUGGCUCUGGCCCUGGGGGUCCCUGCCAGCGCCACCAUCGGAUACAUACUGUACCACCGAUACAAGGGCAGCACAGGAGAGAAGCGCGUCGGAGACUUUGGGGAAGACUCCACGGGAUCCAGGGUUACAAUCCCGGCGGACGCGCUCCGGUCCAUCGCCCGACGGAAAGGGUCUUUCCUGAAGCAGCUGCAGCAGCAGAGCGGGGCUCGGGUUGAGAUCGAGGAGGAGGAGGAGGAGGACCGGACCUCCAGGACCUUCCUCCUCCUGGGCUCCCUGGAGCAGGUGAGCCGAGCUCGGGUCUCCAUCGCCAGGCUGGUGUCCGAAAACCAGCAGGUCACCGUGAAGAUGGAGGUGCCCAAGGCUGCAGUGGGACGCAUCAUAGGUCGAAGGGGAGAGUCCAUCAAAACACUCUGUCUGAACUCUGGGGCCCGCGUAAACUGCUCUGGAGAGAAGAGGAGCCACAGCCUGGGAGAGAAGGGGUUGAUAACCAUCACGGGGACCAGGAAAGAGGUGGAGACUGCCAAGGAGCUGAUCAUGGAGAAAGUUAUCGAAGAGGAAGUCUUCCGGAAGAAGAUUUUCCAGUCAACAGCCAAGAGGCAGCAGAGGAAGCAGCCGUCUCUGGGGCAGGGGGAGGGGCAGAGACAGGGGCAGAGGGAGGGGGAGAGGGAGGGAGACGCGGGGGCUGUGCUGGGGAACGGGACCCCCUCCUCAGCCAGGACACCCGAGUCCGUGCAGGAAGACCAGAGAACCACGGAACAGGAUGGUCAGAACCAGACAGACCAGCUAGAGUCACCCCAGGACAUCGCCAAAUUCGAAAUUCCCAGUCCGGAUCUCAGUUUCUCUCCGGAUGAGCACCUGGAAGUGUACGUCUCUGCGAGUGAGAGUCCCGGACACUUCUGGAUUCAGAUCCUGGGGGUGCGUUCCUUGCACCUGGACCAGCUGACUGGAGAGAUGAGCCACUUCUACUCCAGCUCGGGCCAGACGGAGGAGGUACUGAACGUCGUGGCAGGCGAUAUCGUAUCCGCCCCUUACAGGCAGGAGGGGUCCUGGCACAGAGCGAGGGUCCUGGGGUUCCUGGACAACGGGAAUGUCGACGUCUACUACGUGGAUUUCGGGGAUAAUGGGGAGAUCCCUCCCGGCAGGAUCCGCUCCCUCAGGAGUGACUUUUUAAGCUUGCCGUUCCAAGCCAUCGAAUGCAGCCUGGCUGGAAUCUGCCCAGCCGCCGAUGCCUGGACCGAGGAAGCUCUCGAUGAGUUUGACCGGCUGACCUACUGUGCGGAGUGGAAGCCCCUCCUGGCCAAACUGUGCAGCUACUUCCAGACCGGCAUGACCACGUGGCCCAACGUCCGGCUGUACGACCACAGCAACGGGAAGAACCUGGACAUCGGCGAAGAACUGAUCCGAUUGGGCCAUGCCGUCCGGAACCAGAAGAAAGGUGCCGGAGAUGGGACCGGCCCAACGGAGAAGGGUGACUCCAACCCAGUGUCACUGCAGAAGAUGCUGGAUGAUGUCACAGGAGCAACCUCGGAGCUGAGUUUGUCCUGCCUCAGCCUGGCCUCAGGCGUUCCGGAGCGAGGCUGGGUGUCGGAACGGUUGGGGCUGGAGCGUGGAGGGGACCCCGCGGAGGUGAUGCGCUGCGACGUGGAGCGUCCGGUCUCCCCCCUCCUCCUCCGCCCCCCCUCCUCCCCCUGCAGCCUGGACUCUGCGGGCUGCUUCUCUGUCUCCGCCGGCGAGCUCACAGACGUCUCGGGAGAGCUUCUGUCCCCCGACUUGAACGCAGGGAUCCAGCCAACAUCUUUCAGCUCCUCCCCCGCCGAAACUGAGCUGCGUUCGGCAAGCCUGCCGCCCUGCGAAGCAACCGUAGGCAACGCAACUUCCACGCCUACCGCUGCAGGCAAGACCCUUAAAGACAGGCAGGCAGCAGCAGCAGCAGCAGCAGCAGCAGCGAGCGACCGCGCCCCAGACAGAUCGCUACCACCACCGCCCUGCCUAGGAGAGAAACCGGACAGCGAAAUGGAGCCCCUCCUCUCCCCCGUGGAGCUUGUGACGUCCCGGCUGGGGUCGGUGACCCUCUCCGACGAAGUCUUCGCCGGUUCCAGCCGCUCGGGAUCCACCAGCUCCGCCCCGGAAACCGCAUCGGGGUCCCCCUUGAGCGGGGCCUCCUUCACGGGCGACAGCAGCCUCUACUCCCCCAGGGGUUGUUUCUAUUUCGCGUCGACCUCGGAGGAUUCCUCUUCUCUGUCGUCGUCAUCGUCUUCUUCUUUUUCCUCCUCUUCCUCUUCUUCCUCACCCAGCAGUGCUUCCGUUUCGGCAGAGAAGAGCAUGAUCCUCAUCGACUCAAGCUGUGUGAGCCCGAAGGAGCAGGAGAGCCUGGGAGAGGAGGAGCAGGAGAGCCGGGGGGAGGUGGAGGUGACCAGGGAGGCUUCGGGGGCAGUAGGAGAGGAGGAGGAGGAAGAGGCCCUGGACUUCCUAGCCAGGGCGUUGCUGGAGCGUUGCGUCUCUCAGUGGGACGAGACCUACGAUGCCUCCAGACUGGACUUCCUCUCCUCCGGGGAGAUGGAGCUCGCUAGCGGGGAAAUCCCAGGAGCUCCGGACAGGAAUUUCCUGGAGGAAAAGGAGGAGGCGAGGUUUUUCAAGGCCGUCUCUCGGAAGGAAACGCUUACAAAGAAGAAGUCGACGCUCCAUCUGCCGAGGGAGGAGGACGUCUGUGACCUCACGAAGGACGAUGGUGAGGGGGACAGGUUUGACGGCGAAGGGAAAGACCGUCGCGAUGUCCCGUUUGAGGGACAGGACGCCCGUGACCGUGCUAAGGAGGAGGAGGAUGAGAAAGAAGACCUGAUUGAUAUCGCAAAGGGGUUCAGGACCGGUGAGGUCAUAGACCUGCCAGAAGAGGGCGACGUCACACGGGGGCAGCGUGACACCUACGACCUCGCGGAUGGAAAAGGAGGCGGGUUCGACAGAGCGGGACGUUUUGGAACGGCCCUUGUUGACCCCGCUGGGAAAAAACUAGCGGAUCCCGUCAACGAAGACGAAACGUUUCAGACCCCCGGAGCCGAGAGAGAGAGGGAGGGGGCUGGUGAGGAAAACCCCAAUGAAGAACAGAGAAGCUCUGACCUCGCAAAGGAAGACGGCGACCUCGUGAGAGAGCAGGGGUUCACUUCUGACAACGCUUCGGACGAGCGAGACUCCAGCGACCGAACGCAGGAAAGAGAAGACGGCGGCCAUCGCGGAGCGAGAGAAUUGGGGACGGCCUCUGAACUGAAACCGGAAGACUCGCACCGGAUUGUUACCCCUUUCGGCAAAGAUGAGGGAAUGAGCUUGGCUAUCCAGGAUCGGCAAAGAUUUGGUAGCACCGAAACCUUCUGGAGGGGCGAUCCAGGUGUGAAGCGGCCUCAAUUUCAGGGAGCGGUGACGAUGUCCUUGAUGAUGACUCAGUGUGAGGCACAGAAACAAGGACCAUGAUGAAAAUCAGCUGCUGUCUGGAGAGGGACCAGCCAACAACAGAGAUGCUGAACUUGCUGCUAAAAGUGUAUUAAUGCUGAAGCCACAGGGGUGAGAAUCCUAUUGCACAGCAGCUGCACCCACACAGUGUGCAUAGGCAAGCUCAGGUGUGUCUGAUUAAACUCGCAGUAAAACCAGGAAUGGAUCAAACUGCUGUGCAACAGGAGUCUUAUUUUGGAAUAUACGGGUUUGUGCCAACGGACAGUAUUAUAAAAUCUUGUGUGUUGUUUUUUUUUGGUCAAACAUUAAUGGGAAUUAAUAAUUUUAUGAUUAAUCGACAGAUCAUUUACACAGCAUGAAAGGGGAGGGUGGAUUUUUUCCUCGAAGUGUUUUUUUUACUCGGAUGUUUAUUACACAGUUAUUGUUGUGAUUUUUUUUUCUCUAGUUUAGUAAAUACUUGUAAAAAAUCCUUUACAUCUGGACGGCCCAACCCUGUUUUUUUUCCUGUGCAUUUAAAAUCACUUCCAGCCUAAAGCAAAUAGUUUCAUAGUUUACAGCUCUGGCCAAAAGGUUUGCAUCACCAAGAAUUUUAGGAUUUAAAUAAUAAUUUAAAAAAAAAACUACAUGAUCAUAAUUUAGAUCUUAUUUAACAUCAAGUAAUCCCAAAAAUUAUAAAGCGCUAUUGCUACCGGAAGCCAUAAUAGCAGUACAGUAUUUCAUGUUAGAUUUUGAAAUGUCAAUUUUUCAAUUGUCAGUUUUUCAUUAUCUGGAAAGCUAUACAAAGCGGAGGUGUGCAAUUCAAUAUGUUAACAUUAUUGAGCAGGUUUCACUCGACUCUAUGAAGCAACAUUAGUUCAUUCUGUAGGGGGAUGCAAAACCUUUGACCUCAGCUGGACAGCCGGUAACGCUGCUGUGAAAUUAACCCAUCGUUUGCUCGGGCUUCUUUCAUGUAUUUUCGGGUCGGGUCAAUUGAUGUUGAACAGACUGCAGCCAAUGAAAGGGAGAGAUGUUUCUAUAUCCCUGAUUACUGAGCGGAGAUUGAAAUUCUCACGCCCAGAGGUUUUCAUGCAGGUUGGUAUAUAUAAAGGAUAUCUAUGACCUAUCUGGGGGUGUUAUAAUACAUUUGCAUUGUAUAGAAUUUAAUUUGAUCAAAUUAAUUUACAGGGUGGGGCUCAACAGACACAUUGUUAGUUUUAUGGCAGCAUUUUCUCAAGUUGUCCUCUUUAUUAUUCCAAACGUGUCUGCAUGACUCAGAUGAGCUUUGACCUCUUGCAUCUCGUGUGUUUAAAAUUACCGUAAAAAGAAAGAAAGUUGUCUCUUGUCGCGUGACUUUUGGACCCCUCCCCGCGUUGUCCUGUAUAACCCAUUCAUCGUUCUCUGAAUCGGUUCCCGAUUGCUCUUGCUUGUGUAUUUGAAAUACUGUUCCUGACAUUUAACAAAAAUAUAUAUUCUUGUGUUCAAAAAUAUAUAAUGUAUUGAAUAAAAUAUUUAUGUUCAAAUUUAAAACAUAAAACAAA